AUGGAUUCCAGUUCGGAAAAAAAACAAGAAAAGUUCGGUAUCGAAAAGGAAACAAUAGCUGAGUAUGGAGAAAUCGCCAAUGCUCCGUUAAGCCUAUCUUCAUGGAUUUACAAAAGACCAAAGUUUUGUCGCUUUAAAGGUCUGGCGUACGGAAGUGCAUUAACACAAAUCAUCGUUGUGUCAUGGGUCUGCUUCUUAUGUCCAGGAAUGUUUAAUGCUUUAUCCGGCCUAGGGGGAGGAGGUGAGGUAAACGCAAAUGUAGCGAAUGAAGCCAAUGUUGCCUUAUAUAGCACUUUUGCUGGACUUGGUUUCUUUGGCGGAUCCAUUUGCAACUUGAUUGGGGUGAAACUAUCACUUUCCGUAGGAGGUACUGGGUAUAUAGUCUAUACAGCUUCCUUUUUAUGCUAUAAACAUGUUUACAACAGGGCUUUUGUCAUUUUUGGGGGUUGUUACUUGGGCCUUACCGCAGGAAUACUAUGGGCAGCUCAAGGAGCUGUUAUCAUGUCCUAUCCUCCAGAAGAAAAAAAGGCUCGUUACAUAGCUAUUUUUUGGGUCAUUUUUAACAUGGGAGCUGUUAUUGGAAGUAUUGUUCCUCUCGCACAAACGAUGCAUUCAUCACAAAAUUCUGCUGGAGACGGAACAUAUGCCGGUUUUAUCGUGCUCAUGGCCUUAGGCAGUAUUCUUGCGUUACUCAUGGUUAAUCCAAAAAAAACUGUCAAGGAAGAUGGGAAUUUGGUUCAUGUUAAAAAGAGUAUGGGAUGGAAGAAAGAAUUGCUUGGUUUGGUCCAAAUACUAUAUAAGGAAUAUUGGAUCCUACUUCUCUUUCCUAUGUUUUUUUCUUCCAACUGGUUUUAUACAUACCAGUUUAAUGAUGUCAACCUAGCGUAUUUUAAUAUUCGUACCCGUGCCCUAAAUAACUUGCUGUACUGGUUCUCUCAAAUUUUAGGCUCUGCUGCAACGGCAGUUCUUUUAGAUAAUCCUAAAAUGAACAGAGCUGUUCGUGCAAGAGUUGGAUGGGUUUGUGUCUUUGUAUUGGUUUGUGUUAUUUGGGGUGGAGGUUUAGCAUUCCAAUUGAAAUAUACCAGACAAUCGGUGAACGCUCCUGAUUUUGAGAAAGUAGAUUUCACUCAUUGUGGAUAUACCGGUUACGCAUUUUUGUAUAUAUUUUAUGGCAUCAUGGAUUCUAUAUGGCAAAAUUACUCUUAUUGGAUAAUUGGCAGUCUCACUAAUGAUACAAACAAACUGGCAGUUUAUAUGGGAUUCUACAAAUCAUUACAAUCAACAGGUGCCGUGGUAACCUAUCGUCUUGAUAGUCUAAAUGUACCUUUUAUGCAUUAUUUUGCUAGUUGCUGGGCCCUUUUGUGUGGUUCUUUAAUAAUUGCUUAUCCCAUUAUUUGGAAAAAGAUUACGGUUACAACAGAAACUGAAGAAGAUUCAGCUGCUCUGGUAAAUGGACAAGAAGCUGUAAUAGGGGUACCAUGA